AGGAUGUGGGCGGGGCCGCUGCGGCGGAAGCCGGGGAGGACAGCGGGGGCGGGGGCGUCUCCAGGGAGCAAGGCCCUUUGAGGAGGCUUCCUCCGGGCGGAAAGACGAAGCGAGACUCCGCGGGGGAUUCCCCCACUCCACCCCAACCAGGGACCGGGUCGCGGUUGCACGGGCCCCAGCCCAAGGUGCGGGUUUCUAUAGCAACCAGCGGGGAUGGCCAACUUGUCCAGGUUUGCCCAGGAUGUGCUGGUUUGGGCACUGCAGGCCUGCAACCCACAGAAGUGAUCCUCUUCUGCCUCCCGCGGUUCCACCCAGAGUGGACCUGGGAGGCUGGCGGAAGGUCGACCUUUCACACUGCCUUUUUAAUAUUAGGGUGAAGGCGCCCCGCACAGCGCUUUCCCGACCAGGCCCAGGCAUGCCGGUCCUUGUAAGGCAAAAACUUCGAUGGGAGCCUACCUCCCUAAAGCCUCGUGGUGGACCAGCUGUUUGACGCAUUUAGAAGAAAGAAUGACACCCCUACAGAGGAACAUGAUGUGAAUGGAAGAGACCUGUCAUUAUACCCUCCCCAAGAAAUUGAUUGGAAAUGGGGAAGAAAAACAGUUGUUUGAUGCAAACAGUACAGCACUCUGAACAGACUCUCAAAACAGCUCUCAUCUCAAAGAACCCAAUGCUUGUGUCACAGUAUGAGCAGUUAGAUGCUGGCGAACGGCGUUUGCUGAACAAAGCCUUCAAGCCAGACAGUGAUCUGUUUGGACCCAUUACCUUGCAUUCGGAAUCAGACUGGAUCAUCUCCCAUCCCGAGCCUCCCCAGGACUUCGAACAGUUUUUCAGUGAUCCUUCUAGAAAGGCACCGUCUCCAGAGAAGCGCAGUAUUUAUAUACAAUGCAUUGGAUCUCUAGGAAACACCAGAAUUAUCAGUGAAGAAUAUAUUAAGUGGCUCAAGGGCUACUGUGAAGCAUUUUUCUAUGGCUUGACGGUGAAACUCUUAGAACCGGUUCCUGUCUCUGUAACGAGGUGUUCCUUUAGAAUCAAUGAUAACACACAAAACCUACAAAUUCAUGCAGGGCACAUCCUGAGGUUCCUAAAAAAGAAGAAACCUAGAGAUGCCUUCUGUAUUGUGGGAAUAACAAUGAUUGAUCUUUACCCACGAGACUCCUGGAAUUUUGUCUUUGGACAGGCCUCUUUGACAGAUGGUGUGGGGAUAUUCAGCUUUGCCAGAUAUGGUAGUGAUUUUUACAGUUCACGCUAUGAAGGCAAAGUGAACAAGCUGCAGAAAGUAUCUUCAAGCGACUAUUCCGUUUUUGAUAACUAUUAUAUUCCUGAAGUGACCAGUGUUUUGCUGCUUCGUUCCUGUAAGACUUUAACCCAUGAGAUUGGACACAUAUUUGGACUUCGACACUGCCAGUGGCUUGCAUGCCUCAUGCAGGGCUCCAACCACUUGGAAGAGGCUGACCGGCGCCCCCUCAACCUUUGCCCUAUCUGUUUACGCAAGCUGCGGUGCGCUGUUGGCUUCAACAUAAUAGAGAGAUACCAAGCACUGGUGAAGUGGAUUGAUGAUGAGUCUGCUGACAUCCCUGGAGUCAGCACGGAACACAGUCGGGAAGAUAAUGUGAAUUUACCAAAACCUGUGGAAGCCUUUAAGGAAUGGAAAGAGUGGAUAAUAAGAUGCCUUGCUGUUGUCCAAAAAUAAGGACCUUCACAUAGGAGUAAUUACAAUAAACACCUUGCAUAUUAUGCUUUCACUUGGAUGCAGUACUUCAUUAGAACAGACCGUUUACUGAUUCUGCCCUGUGUCAAGUAACAGAAUGGAACCUUCUUUAAAGCACCUGAACUUUGAAAUGAGGCUUAUCUGGAAUGCUAAAAACUAUAAACCCUCUCUCUUCUGUGUUAGUAGCCUGGUCCGUGGUAGUGAGCACAUCAUUUCCAUUCUUGAAAUAUGUUUAUGUCUCACAGGAGAGCUAGGACUAGCAGAUAAGUAAAUACAAAAAUCGCUGUAUGUGUCCCAAG